UCACCGCGUGCAGGCGAUCAUUACUGCAUCUCUGGGAUAUUAUUACAGCUGGUGCCUCAGUUCCCCUGGCGGUGUGAAGAUCAGUCAGGGGCAUGUUUGCAGCAGACGACGAGGACGGAGACUUUCUGUCUCCCACUGGAGGAGCAAAGUUGGCCUCUCUUUUUGGACUGGAUCAGGCAGCAUACCAGGGGAACGAGUCUUUCCAAUACACGUCUCCCAAACAGCCCCGCAAGAGCUCUGCCAACUCCGGACCUCCAAACCAAAAGAACGCACCUCCUCCAAACCCUCCAGCUGUUCUCUUUGCUACUGCAGUUCAUGCCUACAGAUAUGUUAACGGACAGUACGUGAAACAAGGCAAGCUCGGAGCUGCGGUCCUUGGAAAUCAUUCAACUAAAGAGUACAAGAUCCUGCUGUAUGUCAGUCAACAGAAGCAGGUGACGGCCGCCAGGAUCCACAGCGGCUUCAUCCUCACUGUCCAGCCCAGUAACUACUGCACGUUUUAUGACGACCAGAGACAGAACUGGUCGCUGAUGUUUGAAUCCGAGAAAGUGGCUUCAGACUUCUGUAAAGAGGUUUGUCUUGCCAAAGCGAACUGCAGCGGUGCGUUAGACUCGGUCCUGAUCCAGGAUCUUGUUCUCGGUGAGGGUCAGGCCGUGGAGAACGGAGACUCUUUAGAAGUGGCCUACUCUGGCUGGCUACUGCAAAACAACUCCAUCGGAAAGAUGUUUGACUCAAAUCUGAAUAAAGACAAACUGUUGAGACUGAAGCUCGGGGCUGGGAAAGUCAUUAAGGGUUUGGAGGAGGGGAUGAUGAAUAUGCGCAAAGGUGGAAAGAGGCUCAUGGUGAUUCCUCCCAGUCUUGCGUACGGGUCGCAUGGCGUAGCCAACCGCGUCCCACCGGACAGCACGCUAGUCUUUGAAGCGGAGAUCCGUCGGGUUAAGUUUGCAAAGGAUGGAAGUUCAAGAGAUUCGGCGGCUCCGUCUCCUGCUCCCAGUGUGGAGAGUCUGGCCCCUGCUGAGCUCAACCAGCCCCUCAGCGCUGCCCCACAAACCAGCAAACCCAGUGAAGCGCCUCCUCGAGCAAAAUCAAACUCCCUCAAAGAACAGCUCAGUAAUCCUGAUGCCACUAAAGCUAAACUGAUCUCACGCAUGGCCAAGAUGGGCCAGCCGAUGCUGCCCUUCAUCACCGGCCCGUCCUCAUCCUCCUCGCAGCCAGACUCCAGUGACUCUGAACUUGAGGACCCCAGUGUGUCCAGAUUCAAGGAGCGUAGAAGUGCACCAUCAACACAGCCGGCACACAUCUCCUCCGGCCCGCCAACUACAGUGCAGGCCUCGGCCCUACUUCCUGUAACCAUGGCAACAGCCAAUCCGCAGCCCAUAAUGCCGGGAGCCGUACAUGCCUUUCAGGCUGUUAGUCAGAUGUACCCCACACAGACUGUGUCUUACCAAGGAACUAGUGACGUCAUGUCCUUCUUGAUGACAGAGGCUCGACAACACAACACUGAAAUCCGAUUGGCUGUUGGGAAAGUGGCAGACAAACUGGACCACUUGUCCUCAAAGAUUAAUGACCUACAGAAGCAAGGCAGUGUUUCGUUGGGAUUCUCAAACGUGUCCAUGGAGACUGCAAUGAUCAUGCACAACAUUCAGAGGAUCAUACAGGAGAACGAAUGUCUGAAGAAAGAGGUGUUUGAGAAAAGUUCACGGAUCGAGGAGCAGAACCGCAAGAUCGGCGAGCUGCUCAAUCAGAACCAGAGGUACGUGGAGCAGAGUAAUCAGCUGAUGGAGCAGAGAACCGACUCUCUGAAGAACCGCAGUGAACAGAGUCAGGCCAGAAUCCUGCAGGCGGAACAAGACAAGCAUGCACUGCCACAAGAAUUGAGUCGGGAUCAGGCACGUUUGACGGAGGAGCUGGCGUCGUCCGCGGCGCGUGUGUCGGAGCUGCAGCUGGAGUUGAGCUCUCAGCAGCAGAAGACCUCAGCGCUGCAGAGCAAACUCAGCUGGGCUCUGCAGGACGGUCAGCAGCGCAGCACACACGUCACAGCACUGGAGGCGCAGAUACUGGAGCUGAAGGAGAGAGCAGACAGAGCUCAGGACAAACACAAGAUGGAGAAACAGAAACGAAAGGAACUGGAGCUCAAGCUCAACAACACGGAGGAAGAGCUACAGGACAUGAAAACAGAGAAAGACAGCCUGGAACGAACUCUCUCUGAGAGGAAGAGGAAGUGGCAGUUGGAGAGACAGCGCUGCGAUGAGGAACUGGAGGAGGUGAGGAGGACGGCCCAGCAGGAGUUAGACAACCUCAGGAGCCAGUUACGUAAAGCCAGAACCAGCACAGACCAAGCCCCCGCUGAACAGCUGUCUCAGCUGCAGGCCGAUCUGGAGCAGGAGUGGCAGGUGAAGUGUGAUCAGCAGACGAGAGAGAUGACUGAACUCUCAGAGCACAGAGACACACUGCAGCUCAAGCUCACACAGCUGCAGGACAAGUUGAACACACUCACACAGUCUCGUGAAUCAGAGGAACAGCUUUUACUACAGCAGCAGGACCAGAAAGAAGAGCUGCAGGCCUUGAGAGAAAAGUGCUCGGUGCUGGAGCAGCAGCUGUCAGAGCAGCAGCACACAGACACAGCACAAGAGGUGAAGCGUGUGAUGAAUGGAGUGUUUCAGUCUCUCAGAGCGGAGUUCGAUCUGAAUGAGACCUACACAGGAAGUGCUGUUCUCCGAGUGCUGGUCAGCACCAUCAAGAAUGUCACACUGCAGCUCCUCACCAAAAAGGAGAGAUCUUCAUCUGAACACAGUGAAAAAGAAGAGGAAGUGGAGGAGAGAGAGACUGACGUUCAGCCUAGACGUGAAGUGCAUCUAAACGGCCAGAGAGAGCGAGAUCCUGCAGGAGCGCAGGAUGAAGACGGACCGCAGCAGCAUGUUUCACUAGCAGAUGAAAAGAAAGAAGAAACGGAGGAACUUGAAGGAGUAGAAAUCAGGAGUGAACAGGAAGUUGUAGAAGAAAUGAGUGAAGAGAAGGAAGUGGAAGUUACAGAACACAAUGUGCAGGAUCAGGACAGUGAGAGCGGCACAGAAACGAAACGCGAAGAAGAGACCGAAAGUGACAUCACAACCAAACAGGAAGUGACCCCAGAGGACACUAGUUCUUCACAGGAAGCCAAGGUAACUGAUGAGAGUGUCACAGGGCCUUUAGAUGAAGCAGAAAGCGCACACAUGACAUUAGCUGGACCUCCUCCAUCUCCUCCCGCUCUGCAGGAUACUUCUGCUCUGCGCUCCAGUCCGUCUGAGAGGGUAGAAAAGGAAAAUGGAGAGGAACCAUUUUUCCAGAGUCCCACCCCUCCCCAGCCCCCACCCGCAGCGGCCGAUGAAGAGGAGGAGGAGGAGGAGCCGAGUCUGAAAGGACGUCCCCCUCCCGCCCCUCUGUUUGGUGAUGAUGAUGAUGAAGACCUGGACUGGCUGAGCUGAUGUCAACCUUCUCAAUCGAAGUUGAAAAACCAGUGCCUGACAUCAGACGACUGCCAGCAACAAGGCCAGACGAUCUCUGAAAGGAGGAAGUGAUGUUUGUCCCGGACCUCAGUGAAAACGGCUCUGAUUAAUGGGUUGGGACGCCUUUGCAAACAUUUCAGUAUUUCCUAUGAUCAGAGAACAGAGAGUAACGUCCUGCCCAAAACCUUAAAAAGCAUCUGAAUGAAAAUCUCUAUGGCAGAAUGGAUCAGCUGCUGCUCAUAAACUGAUUUAAACUGAAAAAAAU